AUGAAGUUAACUGUCAGUAACGAACUAAACAACCUGAUCAUCUCCGUAGAUGUGUCCCAGUCCAUGUCUUUGGAAGACUUCAAAGCAUACCUUCAAGCUGAGACUGACAUUGAACCCCAAGACCAAAUUUUGAUUCGUGAUUCCAAGUCCAUUACCGGCCAUAGUCAAACAUUGGAUCAAUUGGGGUUCAAGGAUGACGAUUUGAUUGUUUUGAAGAAGAAAGGUGGUGCUGUGUCGGCGCCAAAUACUUCCAAUACCUCCAGUUCCAUCGAUUCGACGAUGGUGGAAGGCCAAAUUGAAGCCAUGAGACAACAGUUCCUUACUAACCCUUCAGCGGCCAAUCAGUUAAGGUCUACCAAUCCCACUUUACAUGAUGCAAUCCAUAACCCUGAACAGUUCAGCUCCUUGAUGAAGCAAGCGUUACAGCAAAUGCAAAACGGCCAAAUCCCAUCCCAUUAUGAUCUGUCGAACCAGCAAGAGAUCAGAAGAUUAGAACAAGAUCCUGAUAAUCCAGAGAACCAAGCCAGGAUCUUGGAGUUGAUCAGACAAGAACAGAUCGAAAAGAACAUGGAAUUGGCCUACGACCUUACCCCUGAAUCAUUUGUUAGUGUAAGUAUGUUAUACAUCAAAAUCAAGGUUAACGGGAAACCGGUUCAAGCGUUUGUGGAUUCAGGGGCUCAACAAACAAUUAUAUCUCCGAGAUUAGCCGAAAGAUGUGACAUCGAUAGACUUAUUGAUCGUCGUUUCGUGGGGGAGGCAAGAGGGGUAGGAUCGACCAAAAUCUUAGGGAAGAUCCAUUCGGUACCUAUCAGUAUCGGAGAUUCCGACUUCGAACUUCCUUGUUCUUUCCAUGUCAUAGAGACUUCUGUGGACUUGUUGUUUGGAUUGGACAUGUUGAAGAGACACAAAUGUUUGAUUGAUUUGGCCAAUAAUAAAUUGGUGGUUGGAGGUCAUAUUGAAACCCCAUUCUUACAAGAUCACGAGAUCGAGAAUAAUGAUUUGUUAGGUAACACUGUGGGCGGUAAUAAUAGCAAUUUGGGAUUCGGUGGUAACAUCUUUAGUGACGCUACCAUUCCUAUAAAUAACGAUCGUAAAAAACCUGCAUCCCAAGCCGCACAAGCAGCUUCCAAACGACAAAAUGUUGGUGGUGUCCCAUCUGCGUCCUCCACUUCCUCAACCACACCUUCCACCACAUCAUCCUCCUCCAAGUAUAAAGACGAAGAUAUUCAACAAUUAGUAGGUCUUGGAUUUUCCAAAGCUCAAGCCAUUCAAGCCUUAGAUGCUUGUCAGGGGAAUGUGGAAAUGGCCGCUUCUUUACUUUUCCAAUGA